GCAAAGCCUUCUCUGUCCCGCCUCCCUCCUCCACUCCCCCUCAGGCUAAGCUGGUGGUGUCAUGGGAGCGCUGGUUCUAGCCCUGUGGGCUCUGCUGGUGUCUUUGGACCCUGCUGGUGGAGUCAGAGAGCCAGGGAAUAACCUGAGCUGCUACCAGUGCUUCAAGGUCAGGAGCCCGGAGUUUUGCUUGCCUACAGCGUGCUCCUCCACUGACCAGGUCUGCGUCUCCCACAAGUUGAUCAUCACCCUGAGACUACGGGUAAAGACCCUGCUCAGCAAGCGCUGUGCCCCUAGGUGCCCCAACACCAACAUGGAGUUCAAAUGGCUGUCGGACUCCAGGGAGCUCAGCAAAAUUGUCCGGCAGUGCUGCUCCAGAUCUCUUUGCAACGGGGCCCCCGCCCCACAGGAGGGCCCCUGGGCCCUCUCCCGGGGGCUCCUGCUUCAGGCGGAUUCUUCACCACUGAGCCACCAGGGAAGGCCCUUGAUGAGAAGAGAAGGAAACCAGCUGGAGCCGUUCAGCACACCAUCCAUGACUGCAGCUACCAUCUGCUUCCCCCUCCUCGACGACCUGCGGAGAUAG